AGUGCGCUCGCCAGAAUACUUCUUGUCUGGUCCGCACUCUGUUUCGUUGUGGGAUACGGCAACCAAGGCGUGGCUGUGGCGGACUCGGAAGUCGGAACACGGUCGCCUAUUAUUCCGUAAUAUAAAACCAGCCCUGCAAAGGUAGGGUGAGGAUCCGCGGAACUAGGAAGCGACAUGCCGGCGGCGAUGAGGCUCUGCGCUCGCGCGCUCCGGCGAACGCAGCAGCCGGCGGUGGCCUCGACGCAGCAGCGGUGGGUCUCGACAAGGUGGUUCGGCAAAACAAGGGCCACCACGGCGGAAGAGCUAAAAGACUUGGCGCGGGCCGCAGAGAUGAAAGAGGAGCUCUACAACACCAUCUCUGACAUCACAGCCAAGUACAAGGUUCGUGGAAAGACAGGCAGAGACAACAGGCUGCUGCUCGAGCGACUCUCCAUGCAAGUCGAGCCUAGACCCAAUGACCCCUACUGGCGGUCUUGUCUGAGAACGGAAAUAACCAAUCAUAUCUUGAUCACGGUUGGAUCAUGCUCUCUUAUUAGUAUGGCUCCUUUUGCUGUAAGUUCGCUGAUUACAGCGUUAACCCCUCGAAAAAAGAAUUUGUUGGAGCAAUGGUGGGACGCAGUAUUCGGAAACUAGACUUGGGUCCAGGAGCUAGCUCCGGGAUUGGUGGAGGCGGCGCUAGCUCAAGUCAAGUCUGAUGCACAUCAAUGACUGAUUACUCAAGACGAUCAACUGUUUAUCAGCUAGCGCUGUAAUAGUUGGAAGUCCAUCAACACUAUGGUUGGAACUAUGUAAAUGUUUGACAUCACCAACACAUAAGAACGAUGUUAUAAUUAAUCUUCUGUUUGGACUGGAUGAUUUUCAUUCCAGAGUUUUAUUUCAUAUGACUGCUUUAUUGUACGUUUGCUCAUGAUCCUCUUACAUGACACCGUCUGCCUUUCUCAUCUAUGAUUGUGCGAAACCAGCCUGGAUUAUGUUAAUAUAUGGCAACAUGCGGUUGCUUACUUUAGAAAAUUAUUGAAAAACAUAACAGAAAAACCAAUCUAAAUUUCAAAAAAAAAUGACAGAAUAAAGGACCUGCACUUGCAUUCAUUAUAACAAAACUGAGUCUUCUCAAAACUUUUCGGCCUUGGAUUAUGCCAGCUAACAAAAGAAAAACAGAUGCCUCAGCUACCAAAAGUGAAAAACAAAAUUGAGAUCAUCAUCUAAAGCACUAAGUUAGUCAUCUAAUUCCAGAUAUUGUGACCUCUCCUUUUUCUUCUAUAUGAAAACAUAACAGAAAUCUCCAAGGUUGCCAACAAAAUCUGUGAGUCUAGAUCAUGCGUCCAAUUUCCAAUUUAAUGUAGUUAGACCUCCCCUUGGAGUGUUUACUUAUAGGAUCAGAUAGAAAUCAUUCACACGAGUUUCUCAAAUAAUAUGUCCUAUGAAUUCUUCGCUUUCUUCGAAGGGGUCGAAGUGAACAGAUCAAGUAGCUGGUUAAUGCUCAUGGUCUUCAGGCUGGCGUUCUCAGCAUUUAUCACCGCACUCAAAGCCGACACCUUGAAGCGCCGGGGACUAUGACUCUUCCAGAGUACGGUGUAUGAUGAGGCCGCACAUUCACAACUUUGUUUUGACCGAAAAGAUGCGCUCUCUCAAUUGCAUGUAAGAGCAGAAUGGUGCUAUUACUAGUUCCAAAUGUGCGUCUUUGGCGCGCAACAAUGUUGGUGAUAUUAGCAAUGCUCCCCUCAACGUAACUGA